AUGGGACUCGAACAUUCCCCUGAGAAAACCGAUCGCCAGCGCAAUGCUCGGCAAAGCGCCGACUCACCGCCGAGUCUCGCUGUUCUUCGCAGCCGAAGAACCCGUGCGAAGACCAGUCUCCAGAUUGAAAUAGAUGCUUUGAAGAAGUUCGAGAGGAUCGAUGACUCUAACCGUCUCGCGAUCUUGAGCGCCAAAUCUCGAAUCGACGGUCGAGUCGAAGCAAUCCGCGAGGUGUGCAGGCAGGCGUCGAGCCACCCGCAUCUUCCCGAAAACGAAGUGGAACGGGAAUCCGAAGAGGCCGAGACCGCAAUCGAAGUGGGAAUCUUGGCCAGAGGGAUCAUCGAUGGAUUACUCGCAGUAGAGCUGUUCGAGAAGGCCGCCACCUCGUCGUCAUGCCAGUCGUCUUCGCCGUCGAUCGUUCCCUCCGGCCAGCAAAGUGCCGCGGUCUCUGGCGAUGACGUCACCGGCCAAUCGCGCAUCUUUAGCAGACAUCCCUCCGAAGACAGCUCUGGAGGAGCGACAAACACCGAGCAGUCGACGUCAGUGUCCGCCGGGACAAAUUGCAACAAUCCGAGACUGUAUCUGGACACAACUCCAGAAGUGUUCGAUGGUACCGUUUCGCGAUACAGGUUAUGGCGCUCUCAAUUCACGAACUACGUGCACAGGAGAACACAAGCAACUGACAGCGAUAAAUUAGUUGCCAUGUGCAAACUUCUCUCCGGUGCACCAAAGAAUCUGAUCUGUGAACUGCCACUUGUCGACAGCAAUUUCGAAGUCGCUCUGCGACUGCUGGAUGACAAUUACAGCGUUCCGGAGCUCAGGCAACAAGAAGUGAUCAACAACACUACGAGAGUGCCAAUCGUUCGAAAUGUCAACGACACGGUGAGACUGCGCGAGCUCUUGAAUGACACCCAGCGGACCAUUCUCGCCUUGGAGGGUGUUAAUGUACCACUACAGAGCAUCGCUCUCACGUAUGAGCAAACCAUUCGCAAUGCGCUACCAGUCGACUUAGUGCUGAAUUUCGAGGAUCGUCGGACAACGGCUCUGUUGACCGAUGAUGUUGCCGAUGUGAACCAGGCCGCCGCCGCGGCACGGAGACUAGAAGAUCUACUCUCGUUCCUCAGAAGAUACACUGUUCUCCGAGAGCGAAAGAGUUCGGCCCAGCAGCGAAGUACCGUCGGCGAUCAAGCUACACCCUCUUCAGCUGACCCGAAGGUGCCGAGGUAUCGCGGUCUGCCCCGAAGGCCUCCAGGCCAACCCCCGUUGUCCACCGCGGCGGCCACGACAAAGAACAAUUUAAACAAGGCGUCCAAGACUCGCAGAACGCCGUGUCUCUUCUGCAACAGCUUCGAGCACCUCCCGUCAUGUUGCACAGCUGAUAUCCCGAUGAAGCGGCGGUUGGAACUCCUUGCACAGCGCCGACGGUGUGUAAAAUGUUUCCAGUACGAACACCUGCCGCCACGUCAGUGCUCGGGACCCCGAGAUCCCUGCCGAACUUGUGGCAGCUCGACGCACCACACGGUCAUGCACGGACACUUCAGCGGCCCAGCCGAUUCCAGGACUACUGCCAGCGUCUUGCAGACAGUCGCGGUGGCCACCAGCGACCGUGCAGUCGUCAUGACUGCUACCGCUUUCGUCGUUUUCGGAGACACGAAGAUUAAAGUGCGCUGCUUCUUCGACAGUGGAUCGAUGGUUUCCUUCGUCACUCGCCGACUCAUACGCCGGCUCCCGAACAUUCCCCCGAAGGCCCGCGUCGAUCUUGACCUGCAGGCUUUCGAUAGCCAACACGCCGUCACGACGAACCGUUAUGAUAUUCGAUUAGUGAGCGCUCAUGGCGAUUGCGAUCCAAUUCUCAUUCAAGCUCACGAAUAUGACUUUGGCGUCGACCCUCCGACCAACUGCUCCGAACAAAUGCGAAGACUCAUUCAACAUUUUGGAGCGACGCAUCCCCUGGCCGACCCAUCUAUCGUCAACCAGCUCGACAAUAUUGCUCCUGACCUCCUCAUCGGAGUAGACCAAAUGUAUAAAAUCUUGCAUUUGAACAAAGAAACAGUAAUCGCCGGGGAUCUCGUCGCAAAAUCAUCGCGUUUCGGCUGGCUCGUCUCCGGAUCCUACGGGGCCAACACAACUCGUGGAGACGUUAUUCGAGUUCAGCCAGUGUGCUGUGCCGCCACGGUCUCCAAACCAGCAAAGGAUCUCGAGCGACUCUGGAGUUUGGAGGCGAUCGGCGCUCCCGAGUCGGCGGGGGACCAUCUGAGCCUAGUUGAACAAGAGGCUCUCCAGCAGUUCCGAGAUGGCAUCUCUUACGAGAAUCGACGAUACACAGUUGCCAUGCCGAAGCGCGAGUCGAUCGAGCGACUCUCGAACAACGUCGAGAUCGCUUUACAAAGAUUGUCCGCAAAACGUCGUUCGCUGGCACGCGACCCCGAGUCCUUCCAACGUUACGACAAAGAGAUCAUGACAUUCGUUCAGGCUGGUCACGCCGAGGAGAUCUUCGAUGUUGAUCUCGCGGCUCCCAGUUCUCGUGAUCGUAAAUUCUACCUGCCCCAUCGACAAGUCAUCACUCGAGGGAUCGAUGGCGACAAGUGGCGGAUAGUCUUCGAUGGGUCAUCAUCAGCGGCAGGCGAGACCUCUCUCAACUCUCACCUGUUGGCCGGUCCCAAUCUCAACCCUGAUAUUCUCAAACUGCUAUUCAAUUUCCGACUGCGAGCUGUGGCGCUCUCCGCCGAUAUCGUCCAGGCCUACAUGACCAUCAAUCUCGCUGCUGAGGAUCGCUCGUGGUUUCGCUUCCUGUGGCAGGGACCGGGAGACGGGCGAGUCCGUUGUUUCCAGUUCCUAAGGGUCCCUUGGGGCGCUACAUCGAGUGGAUUUCUGUUGGCUGCGGUUCUCCGAGAGCAUUUCGAGCGAGUCGAUCCAACGGCAACCUACAAACUAGGGGAUUCUUUUUAUUUCGAUGACAUGCUCCGCAGUUUCAACUCGGAAGAUGAAGCAAUUCAAUUCAUCGACAAAAUUAUCCCUUGGAUGCUGCAGGCGGGCAUGAGCCUCGGCAAAUGGAAAUCCAGCUCCCCAACCGUCAUGGAUCACCUCAGCAGUCGUUCGACUUCACCGAAGGCGUCUGCCACCCUAGUCGAAACUGGGAUCCUCAAAGUUCUAGGCAUCGCUUGGGCGCCGGCCGAGGAUCAUUUCCGUUUCCAGCUAUCUGAUAUUGACAAAGUAUCAGAAGCCGAAAAACCGAUCACCAAGCGACAAGUGCUCCGCGUCGUAGCUUCGAUAUUCGAUCCGGUCGGUUGGCUAAUCCCUUUCACAUUACGAGGGAAGCUAUUGAUCCAACAGUUGUGGUCACAGACUCUUCGGUGGGAUGACCCGCUCUCUGGCCCGGAGCUCGACAGCUUCCGGAGGUGGACACAAGAGAUCCCUACCCUUUCUGCUCUUCGAAUCCCGCGUUUGUAUGGGGAUUCUACCAGGAGGAUCUCCGGAUAUCAGUUACACGUUUUUGGCGAUGCCAGCGAGAAGGCUUAUGCCGGCGCGGCAUAUCUCCAGACUUUGUACGUCGACGGAGGCAGCAACUGUUCGCUGCUGAUGUCAAAAUCACGCGUAGCUCCGAGGGAAAAAAUUUCCCUACCGCGCCUCGAGUUAUUGGCUGCUGUGCUGAGCGCUCGCCUGAGGGCUUUCGUCGUGGAAAGACUGGAUGUGAAGCUCGACAAGACGACUCACUACACUGACUCUGCGGUAACUUACUAUUGGUGCAUCGCUGAGGACCCCACACGAUGGAAAACAUGGGUCUGCAACAGAGUCAUGGAGAUUCAGAAGCUCACAUCCUCCAACGAGUGGUUCCACGUCGAGGGAAAGCACAACAUCGCCGACAUCGCAUCGCGGGGGGUUUCGGCCGAAGAUCUCAUCUCAAAUUCGGAAUGGUUCGGGGCUCCUUCAUGGCUUUCGGAGCCUGGGGAUCGUCGUCCGGUGAAACGCCUGCGGGCCGGUUGUGACGAAACGGAGUCCAUUAGUAAGGAACUUCGACUGGUUGUCACUCCCGCGGUCGUAACACCGGCAUUGAUUGAUCUUCAGCGCUUCAGUGGCUGGGAGAAGGCCAUCCGCGUGAUGGCGAACGUGCUUCGUUUUGUCCAGGUCUGCCGCCGCCGAGAUCCCGUUCCAGAUGCCGAGCUUCGAGCACAGUCGGAGUCGCUUAUCAUCAGGUGGACGCAAGCCGCCCACUUCCGGAAUGAGAUAAAUGCUACCCUGGCCCAAGAGCGCCCAGCGCGAACCUCGAAGCUGAGUUUGUAUCGCCUACAUCUGGAUCAGAGCGGCAUCCUCCGCGCUCAGUCUCGACUAAGUGCCUCUGAUCAGUUCACCCAUGAUGAACAGAACCCCAUCAUAAUUCCGGGGGAGAGCCGGCUUGCAACCCUGCUCAUACUUCAUCACCAUCGGCUCAAUGCCCAUUUAGGUGUGAGCACAAUCCUGAAUGCUCUGAGACGACGCUUCUGGAUUUUGCGCGGCCGGCAAGUCAUCAAAAAACUCAUUCGGGGAUGCGUUGUAUGCAACCGAGCACACGGGCCAACUGCUGAUCAAGUCCAACCACCCUUACCAGUCGAGAGAGCCUCCAUCGUCGCCCCUUUCGCAACUACUGGUGUGGACUUUUGUGGGCCCUUCCAUACUCGCUCCCGGGAAGGCACCAUCAAAAACUACAUUGCGCUUUUCACGUGCACCAGUAUCCGAGCAAUCCAUCUCGAACUGGUCCCCGACUUGACGACAGUUCAGACGCACCUUGCCUUGCGUAGGUUCCUAGCAGAACAUCCUGCCUGUCGCAAAUUUAUAUCGGACAACGGCCGAUCCUUCGUUCGGGCCGCUGCAGACAUUCGUCGUCUGUUCGGUGAGACACGCAACCCUCAAGUCCGUGAGCUGCUCGCUCAGCACCGAAUCGAAUGGACCUUUGGCUGCGCUCGCGCCAGCUGGCGAGGCGGAUUCUUUGAGCGUUUGGUUGGCCUUACCAAGAGAUGCCUAACCAAAACUCUCGGCCGAUGUCUAAUAAGUUCGGAAGAGUUCCGAACCAUAAUCCGCGAGCUGGCGGCCACCAUCAACAAUCGACCACUGUCAUACGCCAGCAACGAUCUCGACGAGGCUCGAGCCCUCACUCCGGCGCAGUUCUUGCAAGGCGGACCACCUGCUUCACCCUUGUGCGCCUCAGUACCGCUGGAUGCCCUGGGACCGAAUGGAUCGAUCCCUGACGCACCACCGGGAGAAGAAAAACUCCGUCAAGCUCUAUUGGAACGGACAAACUACUUCAAAUCUCUUUCGUCGCGUUGGCAGAAAGAAUACUUGUUGCUCCUCCGUUCGGCAAAUCUCGAUCGGAAAGGAAAACCCCGACCGUUGAAGGACGACUCCAUCUGUCUACUCAAGGAAGACUCCGUCUCACGAUCCAAAUGGCAUUUGGUUCGCAUACUCCGAGGGAAGCCUGGCCGAGAUGGCGCUGUGAGGACGUAUGCCAUUCGCUUCUCGAAUGGAUUCGAGAGCACCCGGGCUGCUCAGAUGCUGAUCCCUUUAGAGGUCCCCAAUCAAAUGGACGAUACCCUCGAUAACGAGGCUGAAAACUUGUAAAAUAUCCCCAAUAUUUGUGCUGGAACCUCCGGUUCCAGGGAG